UCAACUUCAAAUGAAUACAAACAAUACCCAUUCUGGCUUGGUGGGAUGGCAGCUUCAAUGGCAGCGAUUUGUACACAUCCAUUAGAUGUAGCUAAAGUACGAAUGCAAACCGGACCAUCAAGAUCAAUGAUUAAAACACUUUUUGUAGCCAUCAAAUCAGAUGGAAUCAUCAAAGGAGCAUAUACAGGUUUAUCAGCUUCAUUAUUGAGACAAAUGACAUAUUCAUUAACCAGAUUUGGAAUUUAUGAUUCCAUCAAAACUUUAAUUAGUUUACAAAACUCAUCAUCAUCAUCAUCAAAUCCAGCGAAAAAAAGAAUAUCUUCUACUGAAAUGGUUUUAGCUGCUAGUUUGGCUGGUGCGAUAGGUGGGUUUGCUGGAAAUCCUGCUGAUGUGAUCUUAGUGAGGAUGACAGGGGAUAUUAAUUAUCCGAUUCAUCAACGUAAACUUUAUAGAAAUUGCUUUGAUGGAUUGUUUCGGAUGAUUAGAGAAGAAGGAAUUGAAAGUUUAGCUAGAGGUUUGGGUCCGAAUAUAUCUAGAGCGAUUUUAAUGAAUGCAAGUCAAUUAGCUACUUAUGAUAGUUUCAAAUGUACUUUACUUAAUACUAGAUUUUUCGAUGAAGGGCUUUAUUUGCAUUUUUGUGCUAGUUCAAUGGCUGGAGCUGUAGCUACUACGAUUUGUUCACCAUUUGAUGUUGUCAAAUCACGAAUAAUGAAUACCACAUCAAAAAGUACUACAGUUAUAAGUGUGAUUAAAGAAUCAUUUAAAAAUGAAGGAAUCGGUUGGAUCUUUAGAGGAUGGACACCUGCGUUUAUAAGACUUGGACCUAAUACAGUGUAA